AAAUAUGAUGAGGCGAUGAACAAAUACAGCAUGAAAACAGACACAUAAAAUCAAAGGCCUUCUGUCAGUAUCCACCCGACUUAAUCCACUUUCUCUAUCACGUUGCAAUUAAAGAUACUGUCAGUGCACAGAAACACAAUAUAACGUGCCAUGUACAUCAUUUGGAACAGUUCAGAAUCAUUAUUUAUCUAAUAACAUGAUAAAAUAGAAGAGUCAGAAUCAGAGGGUCGAAAUGCUAACGUCAUUGCGGGCUAGCUCGCUGGCCCGAUCGACAUCAGGCCCCACCCGUAGGGACACAUGUUUAAUCUUUUUAGUUAAAGAAACAUUUGCUAAUAUAGUUCAAGAUACAUUGUAGGCACAAUUGUUUCUGACAGCUCCAGUAAGAUGUCAUUAAGGUGGCAACGCAUAGAGGCUGAAAUCAACAUCCAUAUACAUAUUGAAGGAAGAGUGGAAGCAGCCAAGAGAAAUGCCAGUUGUGCGAAUAAAUGAAUACAAUUUCAUGAAAAAUAUGCUGCUUUUGGAAUUAUAAAUAUAGGUCAGUGCUUCUGGUGUUAAGGCCUGCAGAAUAGACCUUGCUGGUCCUGACAGCGCUCCACUCCAUAAAAUCAACAAAAGAGCCUUCCUGAAUCUUUUUUAAAAUGAUUUGUAAUCACAUCUUCACAUAUCUUCCUGUAGGGGGCAGUAAUGUGAUGUGGGCUCAACUUAAGGGGGCCCUGACUGCUGUGGAGGACUCACUCAACUGCAGACGUUCCUGGGCAACCCCCAUCACAUCCUCUGACCGAGACAAACCAAAAGAACAUCUAAGAGCAGCUCAGGACAGCUGGGCCAAGGCUACUAAGAUUUUGGAGGAAAUGGAAAGGGAAUUUGGGAUUUCUUGUCCAUCAGAUGUGGCAAGGGAAACAUUCCAGGAGGUAGUCAUGGAAAAGCGUGUCGACUCUCCUCCAGUGCAGGCUCAACUGGGAGAACUGCAGAGAGCGCACAGCAUCCGCCAGGUGGAGGAGGAAGCGAAGAGCAAGCAGGUUGAUCAGCAGAGGACCUGGGGGUCAGCCAUUUGCUCUCCUUCAGUCACCACUGCAGAACGGGCCUCCUCGUCCUUUCCAUGUUCUCCUUUGCUUAUGAGAAGAGCUGCAGGACGCUCGUUAUCUUCAGGAGGUGAUGGCUCCCCUCUGAGCUUUGUUACCUCAGGAAGUCCUUGUUCAAGCCCCAAUGGCCUGGAGACGGAGAUGGAACGACUGAACAGGUACAUUGAGAAGCUGAAGGCCAGGAAUGAGCAUCUGACUGUUGCUCUGGAGCGAAGAAGAGCAGAUUACGAGCAGAUCCGUGUCACACUCGAGAGACUUGAGGCCGACUACUCUGCCAUGCAUCUGUCUCUCCGAUAUUGUGAGGAGUGUGAAGAGGCCUACAGUGAACUCUUCUCACUUUAUGAUGCUCAGAGGCAACAAAGCAUUCCCCUCCAGAUCGCCAGAGCAGCAGGGGGCGAUAACAAGCAGCAGCCUGGCAGUCCAGCUCAGAACAGGAAAAUUGCGAGUGAGGAGAUGUCAACCUCCUUCACCGAGGAGAUGGAAACACACACAGUGUGGAGAAUUCCUGAGCUAAGUGAUCGAGAGGUUGCGCUCCGUCAGCUAAUUGAGCGUCUGAAAGAAGACCGGGCGGCCAUUUGCCUCCCGAAGCCACGUCCACAUCAAGCAGUAGUCAAAAUGAGCCCAGAUGCUGGUUACCCUGCUGGACUGAGAGUGGGACACUUAUCCAAAGAGCCUGCUGAGGGCAAGAGAGAUAAGACGUCUCUGUUCCAUGAGCUGAUCACUACCAGGGAGGAGAUGUCGGAUCUCCGUGCUCAUAUUCGUCUGAAGGAGAAACAGCUGAGGUGUCUGGAGUGGAGUGCAGUGGCCCAAAAAGCCCGGGAAGCAUCUGGAGCACGUGCUCCAGAAAGCCUCCGAGAGGAGCCGCAGGACUGUAAGACUGAACAACAGAGGCUCUGCAAGAAUGCCGAUAAUGUGUGUAGUGAUGGUGACGUGUCUGGGCUCAGGACGAAGCCCAUCUUGAAGGAACUGCAGGCACUACUUCAGAGGGAACACGCUCUCAAGAGGAGACUGGCGCUUGUUUAUGACUCGCUGAAUGCAGCACUCCCAGACAGCACCUCUACCAGUAGGGAGAGUGAUGAGCACGUGGCAUGGAUUGCGCAAGCUCACAGUAAGGCCUUGAGCUCGUACAGACACAUUCGCCGAAAGUACAGGGAGCAGGUGUGGAAGCUGGAGCAGAAACUAGCCGCCAUGACGGAAAGUCAGCCCGUCCAGAACGAAACGUCGAAAACGGCGGGGGAAGAUUCAGAAUGGAGGAGAGAAGAGACUGUUCUGUGAUCCGAUUACGCGCCGCAGAGCCGAACGAAAGGAACAUUUAAUGACAUUUCCUUCAAGUCAUGAUUGUAAAGUUUGGGUCUUAUUAAAAAUACUUCAAACAACCGA